AUGGACUCUUCCGCUCACGCCGAUCCGCGCCACGUCAAGCGGAAACGAUCCGCUUCGCCGUCGAGCUCGUCCAGUCGACCUUCGCAGACGACGCCGCUGCCGCACUUUCACGACCUCGGUGGCGCAAAACAGCCGCGCCAUGCGCAUCCGCAUCUGCACUCGCAGCACUCCCAUCUGCACUCGCAUGCGACAUCCCGCCCGGCGGACGACUCUGAUCCGUACGCGCGCUCGCUCCAUGCCCGUUCGCGCUCCACCACCCAGUCGCAACAGCAGCAGCAUCAUUCUGACUCGGAACGCGACGAACACGACAUCGACGCUGCUGCGCAUUCCCCACGCCAAGCACGCUCUCCCUAUGCCACCAGCGACCUGCGCGGUUCGCCCUCGACGACCCAUGUAGAUUCGCUCGCUUCGCCGUCCAUCCGGCCGCUCUCCAACAUCAGUCACCGUCCGGUUGUGUCGUCGUCGUCGUCGUCGAUCUCCAUCAACGGUGUCGCUACCACCAACUCUUCAUCGCGCUAUCUUGCACAGCACCAUCAUGGCUCGACUCACAGUCUGAACGCAUCCUCUGCGCGCCACGAAGACGCCCCCUCGCCCUCGUCUUCGCACUCCUAUCGACCCCGUUCGCCACUGCAGUACUCCUCUCGGGCCGGAUCCCACCCGACUGUGACUCACGCCUCACCCAGCAUCCCUUCAAAGCCUCUCUCUGCAGCUACUGCCACCGAGUCGUCUCAUCUCGCUGAUCUCGAAAACGACCUCGCCUCCAUCACGUCUCCGCAGCAGCGCGCUUCAUCGAGCGCCACGCCACAAACGCCCCUCACAUCCGCUCGCAAGAUGGACGCCCAAGCCUCCUUGAGAGACGAGCAUGCGCGGACGUCUGUGUCGGCUGGUCCGUCUGCCACCUCGUCUCCCGUCGUCAAGAAGGAGCAAUCGACGCCGUCGGAGAAGCCGCGCGGGGGUCAGGCGUGUCUCGAGUGUCGGCUGGCAAAGGUUCGCUGUCUGCCCUCGGACGAGUCGGAAAACUGUCAGCGCUGCCACCGCUUCAACUUUGAGUGCCUUUUCGUCCAGCACAAGCGCGGCAGAAAGCCAAAAAGCAAGCUCCAGGGCCGCGACCUCACGCUGCUCGCAGAAGCCGCCUACGCCACCAACGCAUCGCCCGUACAGACCGAUCGUCCGGCAGCGCGCAAAUCUGCUUCGACUUCCAAUCUGAUCACCUCGGCGCCUUCCGCUACAGCUGCAGCUGCUGCUGCUGCGGCUCCAGCACCGUCGGCCGCUUCGCCCGGAGUGCGAUGGAGCAACGCUCCCGACGAUUCCUUUCCAGCGGCUCCCCAUUCUCGCGACUAUGCCGAGCGCGGCCGACGCUCGACGAUCCACAACAGCAUGGAUCUAGACAACGAAACGAGACGUGACGCCUCCCCGGCCUCCACCUACUUUCCCAAACGCUCCUCCUCGGCAUUUGCACCGCAUGCCGACACGCGGGCAGCGCUUGAGCCAAAGAAUCUCUUUGGCGUCGAUGUUGGCCGCAUGACCCAGGCCAUGCAGCAGGCCAUGCGCUCAUUAGAGAGGAGGCGCGGCGCCCCCUAUACACUCGUGACCAACAACGAGAUCUCCAGCGUAGACAAUGGCGACGACGACAGCAGCGACAUGGGUGCCACACCCCCGGCUCCUGGCGCGGCCACGGCUGCUGACACGAACGCGGUCAACGAGAGCUUCGAGCUAAUCGCCGAACAGCCACUUACGCUGCGUGUCAUGCUCAAGCCGUUCGAGGUGUCGGACCAGCCCGACUGCGAGACGCCGCGCAUCCUGUCGGACGACCGCAAUCCGCUCGCCUCGCAGCCAUCGCAGCCAUCGCAGCCCCAGCUCAACGACCCCAUCACCCAGGGCAUCCUCUCCGAGCCCGCCGCUCGCGCGUUGUUCGAUCUGUUCAUGCACCAUUGCAACGCAUGGAGCGGCGUCUUUGACCCGUCGCUGCACACGCACGACUUUGUACGCAAGCGCUCCUCGUUCCUCUACACCGUGUUGCUCUACGUCGGCGCAAGGCACUCGCGGCGGCCGGCGGCACACCAUCUCAUCGUGCGCGAGAAGCGCGGCGAGUCGAUCGCCGAAGCCGACUGGGAUCUGGCCUAUGCCGAUCCGCUCGUCGACCGCUCGGCGGCUGCGGCGGACGAAUACGCUCUGCAGAUUCGGCGCCGCAUCCACGAGCAGGCACGCGAGCACGCCGCACGCGCGUUUGUCGACGGCGACCGCACCGUGCUGUGCUGCCAGGCCUUCUUCAUCCUGGCGAGCUGGAAGCCGCUCGAUGACGGCCUGAGUGUAAUCCAGGUAGGCUACGCGUUCCGGCUGGCCAUGGACAUCCAGCUGCACGCCGAGAUGCCCAACUGCGUCAAGCCGAGCGACUCGAACCUCGACGCGGCGGGGCGGCAGCGGUACGAGGCGGUGCAGCGGCGUUUCCGCAACCGGCAGCGCACGUUCCUCAUGCUGUUUGUGCAGGACAAGUCGCAGCAGAUCUCGAACAAGAUCACGACGCACUCGAUCUCGUCGGACAACGUGCUGAUCCGGAGAUGCCAGACGUGGUGGCGCCAUCCGGGCUCCAUCCCGACGGAUGCGUUUGUGUGCGCCUCGGCCGACAUCCGGCGUAUCCAGGGCAAGUACGUCGAGCUGUACGACCGCAUCGAGGCGCUCACCUCGGCCACCUCGGACGGGCCGAGCAUCAUGAUGCCUGCGUUCCUGUCCGAUCUGUUCGAGUGGAAUGCGCGCUGGCACGAGGCGCUCGGGCUGCGCGAGGAUGCAGACGAGGAUGUGCAUAGCGACGACGUGGCCGCGUACCACCGACGGUGCCAGCGCCUGUGUCUGCAGCUGUGGAAGGACAAUGUCAAGACGUACGUGUCGUCGCUCGUGCUCAAGUCGAGCCUCAAGCAGGCGGCGCUGCAGGAGCACCAGGAGAUCGUGCGCAACCACCACCGCCGCUCCGCCACGCGCGGCACCGAGGACCGCGACUCGGUGUCCGGCAAGUCGCACCUUUCGAGUGGGCUCGAGCCGGGCAUGGUGAAUCUCAUGGCGAUGCCCGCAUUCUGGCCGUGCGUCGAGGGUGCACGGGGUGUGCUGGAGGCCGUGUGCGCCUUCCCACCCGAGCGGCUGCAGUGCGCACCGGACGCGACGAUCAUGCAGACGACGCAUGCGGCGGUGCUGCUGUGCAGCCUGGCGACGGUCAAGUCGCAGCCGCCGCUGGGCACGGGCUAUCUGCGCUCCAACAUCCAGCUGAUCGACCAGACCAGCGCCGCGUUCCGCCGCGCGAGCAUCACGCAGGAGGACACGGUGCUGCACAUUGCAAUGUACCUCGAGUCGCUCCUGCGCCCCAAGAAUGCGCAGCCGCGCCACAGCGCCGUCGCCACCAACGGCAAGACGGGGGCGCCAUGUGUGCAGACCGGUGCGUCGGCCGCGGGAGCAGCGGGCACGGUGGGUGCGCAGCUGCACCAGCAUGGCUCGGCCAUGGGCAGUGCGCCGGCUGACACGCUGCACGGUGGUGGCCCCGCCACGAGCGGUGCGACGCCGCUCAACGGGGCCGCACUGGGCGCGUCGGGGAUGGGCAACUUUGCGCAGUUUACCAACUUUACGCUCAUGUCGAACAACACCGACAUGUUUUACUCGGGCACCAACGGUGGCGGCGUCGGCGGCGGCAAUGGGCGGUGGCUCAACGGCGCACCUGGCGCACCGGCUCAGGAUGGCAACCUGUUCUUCAACGGCACGGGCAGCUUUGACCGCGAGGGGCUGGACGCGAUUGCGUCGGCGGCAGCGGCGGCGGCAGCGGCGCAGAACAUCGAGGAGGGCAAUGCGGCGCCGAUCGACAUGGCGGGCUGGUCGUCGGCCAUGGGACCGAGCGGGGCGGCGCAGACUGCCGUAGCUGCGCCGUGGAACAGCCUCAUGUUUGGCGCGACCCACGGCGGGGGUGUGGGCGAGGGCUACCCGAACGCUGCGGCGGUGUUCAACGCGCCCAACACGCAGGCCACGCCCAACUCGCGCGAACAGGCCGACGAGACGCUGCGCAUGCUGUUGCGCUUUCUGGAUGGCUAG